AUUUCAAACUUAUUAAAAAAUUCAGCAUAAUUUAGUAAAUUCACAAAAAAUUUAAUUACCCUUAAUUUAAUUAAAUUGCUUAUAUAUACUCAUAAAUUUAAAUUUAAACUACAAUUUUGGUUUUGGCGGGAAGAAGAAGAAGAAGCCACCAUGAGUGUCCCCAAAGCCAUCUCUCCUCACCGGCUUUCCUCCCUCCUCCGCCGCCAGAAGGACCCAAAUCUCGCUCUCCAGCUCUUCCAAAACCCUAACCCUCAACUCCAAUCCACCAAGCCCUUCCGCUACUCACUCCUCUCCUACGACAUUAUCAUCACCAAGCUCGCUCGAGCCAAAAUGUUCGAUCAAAUGGACCAAAUCCUCCUCCAAAUGGGACGAGAAACCCGAUUCGUCACUAAAGAGAUAAUCUUUUGCAACGUCAUUUCCUCCUACGCCAGGGCUCGUCUUCCCCACAAAGCCCUAGAAAUGUUCGAGCAAAUUCCCUCCUUUCGUUGCAGGCGGACCUUGAAAUCCUACAAUGCUGUGCUCGAUGCGCUUCUCAAGUGUGGCGAGAUUGGUAAGAUGAGGGAAUUCUUGGUGGGUUUGGGAAAUCAAGUCAACCCAGAUGUUUGUACUUUUAAUAUAUUGAUUAAUGCUAAUUGUAAAUAUGGGUGUUUGGAUGAUGCACGGACUGUGUUUGAUACAAUGCUUAGCAGAGGUGUUGAACCGAAUGAAGUGACUUUUGCAACUUUGAUUUCCGGGUUUUGCUCGAAUUGUAAGCUGGAAGAAGCUUUGAGAUUGAAAGAAGAUAUGAGUAAAGUUUAUGGUGUUAAGCCCAAUUCAUCAGUUUAUGUAUCUUUGAUAAAAGAGCUUUGUAAGAUUGGUGAAUUUGGUUUGGCUUUUGGACUUAAGGAUGAGAUGGAAAGAGAGAAAGUUACAUUGGGUUUGACUGUUUACACCACUUUUAUUAGUGCUCUUUUCAAGGUUGGUAAGAAAGAUGAAGCUCAUAAGAUUUUGGAGGAGAUGAAAGGUUCUGGCUUGAAACCUGAUACUGUAACUUACAAUGCAAUGAUUCAUGGGUUUUGUAUGGAAAAUGAUUUAAAUGCAGCUUACAAGGUUUUGGAUCAGAUGGUGAAAGAAGAGUGUAAAGCAGAUAUAAUUACUUAUAAUAUCAUAAUUGGUGGAUUGUGUAAGGAUGGAAAAUGGAGUGAAGCUAAUGAUUUGUUUGAAGAUUUACCAAGACUUGGUUACAAACCAGAUGUUGUUUCUUUUAGAACAAUGUUUGUUGGGUUAUGUAAUUGUAGAAGGUUUAAUGAAGCAGCAACUUUCUUAGAUGAGAUGUUGUUUAAGGGUUAUAUACCUUCUUCCGAGGGUAGACAAAAAAUUGUUGAUGGGUUGUGUCAGGAAGGUGAUAUGAAGUUGUUGGUGAAAGUUUUGAGUAGCUUGGGAAAUGCGAAUUCGAUUGGUGUAGAUACUUGGGAGUUGGUGAUUUCGAUGGUUUGCAAGAAGGAGAGUCUAUCAAAUGUGUCUGAGAAAGUUGAUACUUUACUGGUGCCAAAUAACUUCUUGUAUAGACCGAAAGAAGGUAUUGCACCCGUACAAUCCUGAUGACUUAAUGGUUCAAUUUGAAGGCUGCAUUGACUUAAUGAUUCAAUGUUGGAUUGGAGUCUCUUCAUGUCUUCAUGGAUUUUCAUCUGGGGCUAAAUCCCAUCCACAAUCUGAGGAGAUUCGUUCGAUAGAAAAAUGUCUAGGAUCGGAAAUGAAACGAAUGAGUGAGAGAGAGGAAGAGCAUUUACUAAUGCUAGGUAACUUAAGUAACAAUGUGUGCCUACAAAUCUGAAAAUUAUUGAUCCUUGUUCUACAUUCCUUGGCAUAAUAAGUCUGUUUCGGCCCUCUCUCGUGCCCACUUUUAAACUCACCAUUUUUAAUGUUUUGUGUGUCAUUAUGUUGACAACUGAUCGAACAAAUGUCGAAAUUGUGAAUUCUUAAGCAGCUACUUUGUAAAUGCGUGAAUUUACAUAGUAAACUGAACACAUACAAUCUCUAUACACAGGCUGACACUGAAAGUGAUGACAUCUAUUUAGGUAUCAAUUUCUAGAUAAUUUGUUUUGGCCAUUUUUCUUGUUAUAUCUUGGAUGUGUUAUAUACUACUAUUCACUUUUUAAAAUAAUAAAAUGUUUCUUUAUAGGUGA